AUUAACUUUUUCCCGAAGAAGAAGAAGUUCGCUCCUCCAGAGGAUUUCACCCCGAGGAGGCCGCCGGUUCAACAGGUCGCUUACUCGAUCUUUCUGACGGAUCAUCCCUCGACGGUGAAUCGUUCGAGUGCGCCCGCCGAAAGUGAAUCGUCUCGGGAGACUAACUGGAGAAGCCCACUGCAAAAUCAACAACAUCGUCCUCAAUCCGUUAAAUUGCCGUUCCGUUUCGAUCCCUUCGCUCACGUUCAGCGUCCGGUCUAUCAUAAAAAUUCAUUUCCUACUACGAAACUAUCGCCACCGCUGCCGUUGGCGAGUACUUACGCGAAUUACCGUAGCGGCAAGCCGAACGACGAUCGUUCUCAUCUCGGCGGCAAAACGCAGAAGCGGCGUGACAACGCGUUUAAACAUUUGCCAUUGAGUCCCGAGGCGAACUGGCGAACACGAUCCCGGAGAAAAAGAUCCGACGAAGGUGAAUUUCGCGGUAGUAACGGUGCGGACGUCGAUGUAAGAGCAGUGGCAAACAAUGCUGUGACGAAUGAUGAUAAAUCGGAGCAACGAGAUAAAAGUACGUUUGAUAGGAUAAGCGAUAGAUCGAAUGGAAAGUCGAGUCGGGGAGUAAUCGAUGCGCCGAUCGGUAUUCCAAAUACUAUGAAAUUAGCAUUUCCCGCGAGAUCGCGGGAAGCCGAGAGCGGAACAUCCGGGAGCAAAAAUAGCACUGUCAGUGAAAGGAAGAAUAUUAAAGACGUGAGAGAGACAAUCGAUAUUCCAAAGGUAGUUAAGGGAGGACCAAUAUCGAUUCGAUCCGUGGAGCAAAAUGAGCGAAUAAAUGAUACGGACGUUGCAGAAUUAACGAAGAAGAAAAGAAACAGCGAAAGUGAAAUAUAUUCGACAAGAAACUCGAAGAACGAAAGAAAUCACGUAGAGUUAUUAAAUGACUCUCCUAAGAUCAGCGGUGAUGUUAUCGAUAAAGAGAUCGCUGUGCGUUUUAACGAGGGAAAUAACGAUACUUCGAAAAACACGAAAAGUGGAAAAAUCGAAAUUGAAGUCCCCAGCUUUGAUCACGUUGACGAACUCGCGACGGAUGAUCUCGUAAGAUUUUCCACGACGACGGAAGCCGCCGUAGAUUUGAACAAGUAUCCCUUUUACAACAACGACGACGUACCCAGCGCUUCCGCGUUGAAGUACAUCGUCGAUCCCAAAACGAUACCGCGGAAGACCCCGAGUGGAAUGGAGUUCUAUAAUUCUCGGAACGCUUACAAGCAGUGCGACGAGGUGGAGCCUCAUCUGGACGCAGUGCUGCCCGAGAAAGAGGAGCCGGAUCCCGAACGAGGCCCGCAGGAGGAUCUACCGCGUCUUCGUGGCCUCGGAGAAAAACUGGAUUGCUUCAAAGCCAAGUACUUCGACGACAAUCCCCUCGAUAAUCCGUUGUUCGGCGAGAAACUGGUCGAGGAGCCGACUCCGCCAACGGAAUUAAAUCCUAAGAAGUUCGCCACGAAGAUAAUGGUACUUCCCGACGAGGACGACGACUACGUCGUGCCUCAAGUUUCAAAGAAGCCGGAGCGCAACAGUCGCCAGACGUGGCGCAACAGAUUUCGUCCGUACGAGACCCUCGAGUCGAUACGCGUCAACUACAAGCACGACCCGCAAACCGGAAGAGGAAGGAACGCGUAUUUACACAGCAUGCGCGGCACGAGGCUGACCAAUAUGAUGCGCAGAGUGAAGAAUCGAAAACCCUGGCCAAAACUCCCCACCACCACGUUAUCGCCGAAGUAUCAAACCUUGUCCUAUCAGAAUCUGGUGUACGAAGACGUGAUGGGUAACAUCAGGAACUUGAAGAACGCUUAUCAGGUCUAUGAGAUGACGACCUUACCGCCGGCCCCGCAGAUUCUGGUGACCGCGGGCAGCGAAAACGCGUUAAAAAUUGUGGACCUCGAAUCAAACUCUUCGAAGGAGAAAAGUACGUCGAAGCCGAACGUUACCGACGUUGCCGAUGCCACUGUUGCGAAUAACACGAAGUCAUCGGAGAUCAAAGGACUGGUACCCCCGCCGAAGUACUUAAUUCAACGACAGAGCUACAGGAAGCAUAGACCACCGGCUAAGAACAGAGUAUCUUUGAUAAGACCUUCGAACUUUCCUCGAAUCAUCGCCCAUACUAUCAAGAUAGACAAGCGUAGUAUAACGGACGAUGACAUGAAGGAUUACUCUGAAAGUCUAAUUAAUAAUAAUAAAAAAGUUACAAUUAAUGGAUCGGCGGAAGUCGAUGCUAAAAACGAUACACUUGCAGAAUUAACAAAGAAAGCGACGGACAGAACAAACGCGACGACCGAACUGUUGGAUUUGGAGAUCGAAGAGAGUAGGCCAAUUAGCACGCAGGAUCGUAGCUUAUCCGUGUCUUUGAAGAUUGAUGACAAGAAGAAACAGAGAAACUCCACGAGGAGCGAUCUUAGAAGUGAACCUCAGAAAACUGUCUAUACGAUCAGAGAUCGAAUAAGAUACUCGAAGCCGAAGUGGGACACGAGAGGAUUCGGAAAGUUUACCGCGAACUCAACGAUAGAUGAAGAUAGUAGGAGAAAGGAGCCCCGGUAUAAGAGUCACAGAUUCGAAAGAAAGAAGAAACUAGUCGAUGAUCGGCACAACAAUUCUACGAUAAUGAAUUUAACUGGGAACACUUCAGGAAUUGAAAGUGCAAUGUCAUUAACAGACGGUAAAGAUACUAGCACAACCGAGGUUUAUCACGCGGAGGAAUCCGCUGUGCAACAAAUGGUCUAUCACAAAAAGGACGAUUAUUCAGAACCAGAAAAGGCUGAAGACGUCGAUGCGGAAUCUGAAGAAGACUUCUUCAAGGAGGACGAGGGAGAAAGAACGACCAACACAUAUCAAGUACGCGAGAAUAUCAACGAGAACGUUUCCAAGGCUGCGAAAGCAGAUCCUCCGCCCUCGAAGGAAGUCGUAGAUUUACGAGAGUACUUGGCUUCUGAUCCACCAGGAUACGCGGAAGCAUUUUCCGAGGAGGCAACAACGCCGUCGGGCAAGUAUCGUGCAAACGUUAAUCACGAAUCUGAUGGUAGUGAAGAGAAGCAGGAGGAAGAGACUGAUGAUCUCAGAAAUGUGGCGAAUCCAUGGGAUAAUUAUUCAUCUGAGAAAAUUGAAGGACAGGUUGAAACGCCGAUGAAGACGAAUUUGUUCUCACAAGACGACGAUUCUGCGGAACAUUUGUCAAAGGAAGAGGGAGAUUCGAACAAGGACCAGACGUUCUUUACAUAUCCGAAACGGCCGUCAUUGAUUGAAGGUGACGAGGAUGACGAAAAAGCGACGUUCUACAAACCUUUCCCAUUUUCAAGGUACAAGUCGAUGAUUAAAAAAGAAAACGAGGAAAAUGAAGAGAACAGCGAAGAGGAACAGAAGAAGAGCGAGGAUUACGUAUUUCCUUGGCACGCUGACAAAGAAAAUCCAGACGACAAGCGCAGAUGGUUGUACAAAUUGAAUAGAUACGAAUAUCCUUGGGAAAGAAGAGACAGACUGGCGAGGGAACAAAAGCAAUAUAAAGUGGGGAUUUUCGACGACGAGAAUGAGGAAGAGUCCACGAGGUAUGAAAGGCCCAUUUAUCCUUGGGAGAGAUAUAAUGUCCCUUCCAAAAAUUACAAGGUGAAUACUAGACGCGAUACUUCGCGCAGAUAUAUCGAUGAUAGCGAAGAAUCUAGCACCGAGCACGUGCCAUCUACGAAGUUCAGCAGCAGAUACAGUUCCAGCAGCAUGAAGCCGUCACAGUUUUCUAACGCACGCGAAAUUAGCAGAUCUAUUAAAAGAUUUCUAGAGGAAGACGAUGACUCCAAGGAAAAGACUUCGACGGAGAGCGAAAGUCGCUCCCCUUCCUUCGCGCGUAAAUCAUUACCUUCCUCAGACAAAGGAAUCUCCAGAGGGACGCUCGUGCCCGAAGACGUCACGCAACCGCCAAGGAGAAAGAGUCCACGAAGAAGAAUCCUUCCAGUUGACAAGAGCGUGUCGAAAAAUUCGCGGUUUGAUUCGAAGAAACUGAGGAGCGAGGACGUUGAUGAAGAAAAGGAAGAAGAGCACACGGAAUAUUUAAACAAAAGUAUUUUAAACGAACCGGCAGAAGUAACGAGCAGUCAGCCGAGUCAGUUAUCUAAUGGAACAGAGGGAGUUCCUUUUGCGACUGAACAACAUAAGAAACGUCGCCGAAGGAUAUUGAAGACCAACUCUACGAUUUCCCUCGAUAAUGCAUCUGCCGAGUCAACUAUUAAGCCCAAGAAAAAACGUAGGAAACUUGAAGCUUCGACAACGACGUCGACUACUCCUUCGACAAGCGUCGAUUUUAGCCUGAAAGAGUCAAUUUCUACACCCGUUCGAAAGAGAUAUCCGAAGAGAGACGAGAAGACAAAUAGAUCAAACCAUUCUGGAAAAGCUGCAACAAAUAAAAUAAUUGUUACGCCGGGAACAAGCAAAGCCGUCAAUUUUCAAGAAACUUCAACUCCGAAGACACGAACGAUCGAGCAUCGAUCGAGAGUCUCGAAGGAGAAGAUCGUUACGAAGACCACUUAUCCUGACAAAACAAAAAACUUCGAUUCUAUGAAAACGACUAAUCUAACGUCUACUCAAACAGGCCCGGUGAAGUCGAGAAUUAAAUCGAGACGCAGAAAUAAUAAUAAUAGUACAAUGAAUAGUAACAAUGAAGAUUCAGGUAAUAAAAAAGAAUUAAUUAAACAAGAGAGAAAAAAUCAUGAAGCUCAAUUCGUUAAUGAAGAUGAGAUUAAAAAGUCGGUGAUAUCAGAUAAGCCUCAAGAAAGAAAUAAAGAUAGUGCUUCCGGAAGUUUUGAAAUAAAAAAGGAAGAGGAAGCUAAGAAGAUCAAUAAUUUUGACACUUAUGACGGAAACGUUAACGAUGAGAGUGACAAUGGCAACGGUGGCUUUGGGAUAUCGUCAGAAGUCUACGCGGUACGCAACUUAAUGCAAAACAUUCCACCAAAUCGGAAAAGAAAUCGAGUCAAUGAAAGAACUGAGAGUGAAUCGGACAGGAUAAUCGAGAGCUGGAAGGAUCAGAAUAAUAACGAAGAGGCAAACAAAGAAGAAAAAGAAAGAGAAGAAGAUGUGGAACAAAAGCAGAAACCGUUAUUACAGGCCAAGUUCAUAAAGGAUCCAGAGCACAGGCUAUAUUAUUACGUAGAGCGUAAAUAAUUAGAGCCUACGUAAUUUUUAUUUAGUUACAAGACAUUUCUACCAAAACCGCAAAUUUAUAUGCAAAGUUAAUUUUAAAACUAUUCUGAAUAAUUACAAAAAAUGUUUCGGCUUUUAUUUUAUAUUUCUUUUUGUCUCUAUUUAUCAUGAUAAUAAUAUACAAGUAAUGUCCGUUACGUUUAUUAAAAAAAGUUUUUAUUAGAAUUUGAACAUGUCACACAAAAAAUUGUUUAUGUAAAUUGCUUAUGUAAGAGAAGGCAUUUAUAUAAAUUUUGAAACAGUUACAAAAGCAGACGUGGCGCAAAGACUUGAAAUACUUGCACUCGAGUUAUUUCAAUCAAUCAUACUUUUAAUGUUUGCAGUAGUUGUCAUAGUAUAUUUUAAAGUUAAUUAAACUUUGUUCUAGAGAAAGCGCAAUUUAGAUGCGGAUGAUUAAGCUUGAUCCAAUCAAGGAUGUUGUAAUAGUUUCUUCCGACCUUUAAUUACGAGUUGUUGUGUAUAUAGUCUAGAAUACUUUUGUUAAAUAAACGUUACAGAAGGAUUGCAUAAUGGGUUACUCGAAACCGUCGCCGUUUUUUUUUUCGUCAGAGCAACUGUUGCACAGCCCACGCGCGCUUGAAGAAAUCGUGCGAAACUCCAGAGAAAUUAUAUCUCUUGUCACUUGGGACAACAAAAAGAAGCCUUGUUAAGAGUUGAAAUUUUCUGCUUGCUCACGAAUUCACAAUACGCCGCGCCGACUAUAAUCGCUAUCUUUUUUGACAUAACCGGUAACACGGACUCAUUCACUUUCGCGAACAUGGCGUUAAAAUCUUUCCCACGAAAAGUAUAUAAUUAAUUAUACAAUAAUACAAAUGUGAGUUUUAUUUGUAAUUAAUUGUUUUUUUACAUGUUAAUCUAUAAUUUUUUAUUUAUAUUUAAAUAUUUUUUAUUUCACUUUAUAACAAAAUAUUUAAAAUUUUAUUUAAUUAAAUUGUUUUCUCUCGUUAAAGACUCUUUUACUCAAAGCUUUUUAUCAAUUAUCUCUGUACAUAAUUAUAAUUGUUGUUGGACGAUUAAACGCGAUUUUUAUUAAAUUACUAUUUUUUGCUUUCUCCUCUGUAACUGUAAUACUUUGUCGGUAAUAUUUAUCAUCAUAACAAUCGCCGUGAUUCGUGAAUGCUGGAUUAUUAACCUUGUUAUGUAAUCGCAAACCAUCUUCGAAGAGUAGAUACCCUUGAUCUAUUUUUCAUCGCAUGAGCGCGAUAUAUUUUUCGUGCAGCGUAAUAAGCGAAAUAUUAAUAAUUACGCCUUAUCUGCCUACAGCGAUCCGUUAAUAAGGGAAACUCAGAACAAUUAUACGUAAUGUAACGAAGUUAUAAUACGUUUGAGGAACCAUGCGCUCUAUAGUUUAUCAUUAUGUUUUAUUGCACAAUCGUAUACACAUUACAGACGCAUUAAAUAAUUUAAAGAGCGCAUAUUGUUUUCGAUUAUUACAUUAUCUUGUUUACGAAAAAUCAAAUGAGACAAAAUUUUAAUCUAUUAAAUGCCGUACACUUUUUCCACGAAUAAUGCAAAUUUUUAACUUUCGAUUAACAUAUAAUAAAGAUUAAUAAAUGCAAAAUAUUAUUUUUGAAAAUAUACGAUGACAAAAAGAUAGCUCUAAAAGUAUAUAGUUUUAUACACAUUUUUAUUAUUUUUUUUACAUGCAACGUUCUUAAAAUAUUUUACAAUUUUCUUCCUGCAAGUACAAAAGCUAUAUAAUGAUCAUAAAAUUAUUUCAGACGUGUAGUUAGUUCAUUUUUACUUUGGUGACGUGUCACAGCGGUUAAUAUAACGGAGAGAAAGAGAACUUUGUCUCGUCUUACAAUAAUGGAGUUCUGUACCGGAAAGGAAAGGUACGCGUGGGUCUCACCGACAACUACACUACAAAAAAAGUAUCAAUCGUUCGAGCAGACGCGAAUAUAUAUAUAUACAUAUGUCGGUCAUUGUCAGACAAAUCACACAGACGUAUAAAAUGUAAUUCUAGAUUUCUAGUUCGAGCUUCUCCCACUCGCGAUGCACGUCCAAGUUACAGAGACAACGACAUCAAUCUGAUAUCUAAUGAAUAAGAAUCUCCUGUGGAGUCAUUUGAUUAUUUCACUUUGAAUCUAAUGACAGUCCACAACAGCAAAUUUACCUCGCGCUAAACGACGUAUUCCUCGGCGUUUAAAAUGACUGUCAAUCUGCUUAGGAAAUCGCGUUUAACGCUCCUCAAUUAUUUCAUGUAAAGCACAUUUUUCGAAUCGUUCCUGCGCGAUUAUAUAGACGAUAAUAAAAAAAUAUCAAAUCGAUUUAAAUUACACUAUCUGACGCGACGCGUUCUCUAACAAGAUACUUUCCAGGCAUUUUCUCUCGUUGAGUAGACGCCAUUAAUGUCCAUUAUAAAAGUGCAUUACGCGACAAUAAUCGCAUUAUUGCAUUGGACAAUCGCGAGAUGCUUUCUCGAUGAGCAUCUUCACAUAAAAAAAUUAUAAUCAAUUAAUGAUGCGUACGUGACUAAUUGGAUAUAG